AUGAAUCACAAUAUGAAAGACCAGGCGCUGCCGCUGAGCAUCCACCGAACGGGAAGUCGACUUGGAGAACUUCUCGUGGCCGACACUCUGGUAGCGGCAGGCUCAUCAGCCCUCAUCACCCCGGCGGUGAUGAUCUUUGACAGACUCGUCGUUGAAAAGUCCUUUUACAACCAGCCCAUGUUCCCAGCUUUCCGUCGACACUUGUGGUUCUCUAUUACACAGCCAGCAACCUUUUUAACAUCCAGACCUAGCCUAUUGGUCUGGUCUCUUUAUACCGCCACGUUUGCAACCGCCAAUAUAUCCGAGACCCUGCUGAGCAAGGUCUAUCCCAAGAUCGACCAUGCUAUUGCGGGCAUGACCACUUUUGCCGCGACAUUCGUCGUCAACUCUUCCGUCGGAAUCUGGAAAGACGUGAAAUUCGCCCAGCUAUUCGGUCAUAAGAAUAAUGCUCCUCCCCCUCCUUCUCCUCCAUCAAUGAUGGCAACACCAACACCAUCUCCCUCCCAGUCACCAUCUGCAUCUACAUCUACAUCAGCGUCAGCGUCAGCAUCAACUUCAACCUCACCAUCUCCAUCCACCACACCAAAACCAGACACCUCUCUCCCCAAAACCGCCCGUUCAAUCGGCCGCACUCGCAUCCCCCUAGCCACAUACUCCGCCUUCCUCCUCCGCGACGGCCUCACAAUCUUCGGCUCCUUCAGCCUCCCCGCCAUGCUCUCAACAGCAAUCCCAGACUCCAUCGCCUCGCAAGAAUACCUAAAGAUCCUCAUCGCCCAACUCGCCAUCCCAGCAUCCAUCCAACUCAUCAGUACGCCAAUCCACCUCUUCGGUCUGGACUUGUACAACCGGCCCCAGGCCAUGCCGACCAAAGAGCGCGUUAGCCGGAUUAGCCGUGAUUGGAUUGGCGCUUCGCUGCUACGCAUGUGUCGUAUUAUUCCUGCCUUUGGGAUUGGCGGGUUUUUGAAUACGGAGGGCAGACUUUAUUUGCAUGAUCAGUUGGAUGAGAGGAGGAUGCCGGCUUGA